GCUCCAAACGGAUCUGUGCAAGAAGCGAGUUUUGAGAUGGUUUGUCCCUCAGCGGACACCAUCGCGGAGAAGACGCUGCUCUUUAAAGUUAUUGAAAAAUGUGACGUUUGCGCGUCUUAAACAUGCGAAAUGUCUGCCUUGCGUAGAGCUAAAGAGUGGGAAAUAUCUGCAUCAGACGACAGCGAUGUUGAACCGAAAGCAGGUUUAAAUCGAGAUGAACGAGCUUCACCGAACAACACCAGUGAAACUCCCCCGGAGUCACAAACACUAUCUGUGGAUACUUUAUCAGAAUCCUCCCGCACGGUGAGUCCCGUACGAAAGCGCCGCACCAAGGAGGAGAUAGAAGCUGACAGACAGAAAACCAAGGAGAAGAAGGAGGCCAAGGAGAGGCAGAGAGCUGCCAGGGCCAAGGAGAAGGAGGAGAGGAGGCGGGAGAUACAGAGGAGGAGAAAGGACGCCGAGGAGCUCAAGAAACUCCGUCCUGAAAACUGUAUCAAGUGCCUAAAUGUCUGCGUAGAAGCAGCUCUCCUACAACAGGACGGCUCAGACCUUCUCCUGGACACCCUGACCACGCUGGAGUGGAGGUUUACCAUCGAAAGCCAGCAGAUCUCUCACAGCAUCACUUGGACCAGAGAUGUACCUCAGCAGGGAGAUGAAGGCCAGAUCUCUGUGGAGGAGGAUCAAAUGGUUCUGGUCCUGACUCUGGCUGACUUCUUGGACGUUGUGAUCUCUGUAAAAGAGAUGUUGGACAGUGAAGGGGAUGGGACAGGGACUGUCCUAAGUCCGCUUUUGGAGCGUCUUAACCGGGACGCCACACAGGUGGUGACGAUGCUGGUGACAGAUUCUGAGGCGGUUUACAGGUCAGAAGCUGGUGGUGAGGGUUUUCCAGAACAGACGCUACGAUCCAAACUGGGAAUGAAGAACAUGGACAUAGAGGAGGUGCUUGUGUACCUCCAGCUCUUCAAAAACGUCUCGGUGGUGUUCCUGGACAGCUGGCAGGACGUCACUGACCACGUGUGUGCCGUCACCAAGGCUUUGUCAAAACGACCUUUCAAACUCCUGACAGAGCAGUCAGAGCUGCCGUUCUGCGUGGACGGCUCGUGGGCCGCGGGGGCUCGGGUGGACCGGGACGGCUCGGGUCUCAGUCUGGUCUGGAGCCGGCAGAUCCAGCAGCUGAACAGAGUCAGCCCCGCUGGGGCCUCCGCCGUGACAGAGGCCUUCCCGUCUCCUCGAGCGCUGCUGCAGGCUUACCAGACGUUGGAGUCUGAGGCGGAGCGGAAAGGGAUGCUGGCGGGUCUCGUAGUGAAAGCUGAAGGAAAAGAGAGACGGAUCGGCGCCGAGAUUUCAGCCAGAGUUUACCGAUGCUUCACAUCCCAGAACCCUCAGCUGGUCCUGGACUAAUCUGCGCACAUUAAAACCAUGAAUCUUGAAUCCUCACUUUUAAAAACGAGCCGCUGUAUCCUCGUUUACAAGCUAGCGCCUUUUGUGUACAUAAACAUUUUAAGUAAUAUUUUGCAAGAAAAAAAAUCAAGUUUUUAAUGAACUGCAAAGUGAUUUGGAUAUAAAAUGAGGCACAAGAAGUUUCUAGUUUUGAUUUAUUUCACAGAACAGCUGGAGUAAGAAAGCUCGU